GAGGCUGUCCUUGGCUAGCCGAGCUAGCCACGGCGAGCUAAAGAAAACAAACAAACAAAACAAACAAUUCAGAUCGUUUGCAUUAGGUCUAUGUGAAGUCGUCGAAUCUCCGGUGCUACGCUCAUCAACGUAACUCAUGAUACCCCCACUGUGUUGUGUCAUACAUGUAGAGCUCGGUGUGGCCUUCUUCCCCCUCCAUGUAAGAGCUGAUUAUCGGGCUCAUGUCAGUCAGUCAGUGUGAAGAGGGGGGUCUGUCACGGGCUACCCCAAGCGACAACACCCAAAACCUGCUUGACGACUCCACUAAGCCUGUGCCCACAGGGAGCACACCUGAAGAUCAGGCUUCACCUGUGGUGGAUGAAGCUUCUCCUUCUUCAGCAUCCUCUUUUGAGGUGCUUGACAUGGAGUCAGCUCAUGCUCCUUACAGAGAAGUUCAGCCUCACUGGUUCUUCUGUCGACGUGCUGAUGACAACACCUCCUGGCUUCCUUUCAGCAGAGAAGACUCUGACAAAUUAGAGAAUGCCUUCACCAACAUCAGAGACGAGGAGAAGGAUGUGGUGGUAGCUGUGGAAGGACAGCGAUAUGAUGUACACGUCAAGGAAAGGAAGCGUUACGCUGUGUAUUGGGAACAAGCUCCAUCUGAGGUCCGUCGAUGCACCUGGUUUUACAAAGGAGAUAAAGACACCAGAUUCAUGCCAUAUCCUGAGGACUUCAGCAAAGAUCUGGAGGAUGCCUAUAAGAAAGCAGUGACUUUGGAUGAAUGGAAGAAGAAAUUGGAAUUUCCCACUGGAGAGACUGUCAUCUUACACAAUCCCAAGCUGAUAAUGCAGUAUCAGCCAAUAGGAUUGCAGGAUGACUGGGUGUCCUCCCCAUCAGAGCAAACCCGGCCAAGAACUGUGAAGAGGGGAGUAGACAACAUCUCUGUAGAAAUACCUGACGGUGAACCGGAAAAGGUGGACCACGUUGUCUUCAUGGUGCAUGGCAUUGGCCCUGCAUGUGACUUGCGUUUCAGAUCUAUCAUACAGUGUGUAAAUGACUUCAGGAGUGUUUCCCUAUCCCUCCUGGCCUCUCAUUAUAAGCGUGCUCAGCAGGAAGGUCAGGUGGGCCGUGUAGAGUUCCUCCCAGUUAACUGGCACAGUGCUCUACAUGGGGAUGCCACUGGUGUAGAUGAGGACAUCCAGAGGAUCACUCUCCCCAGCAUCAGCAGGCUGAGACAUUUCACCAACGACACGCUGCUGGACUUAUUUUUCUAUAACAGCCCCACUUACUGCCAGACCAUAGUGGAUACAGUGGCCUCUGAGUUCAACAGGCUACAUGACCUCUUUAAGCAGAGACACCCAGAGUUCAGCGGGGCAGUUUCAGUAGUAGGCCACAGCCUGGGUUCACUAAUCCUUUUUGAUCUGCUAACCAAUCAGAGGAAAGAAUCACAAGCCAGAGAGGGGAUCUCUGGGGAACCCGGUCGUCUGAACUGUGACACACUGGAGCAGACGUUGAAGAGACUGGGCCUGCAGCAAUAUCUGGAUGUACUACAGAAUGAAAACCUUGACCUCGAAUCCCUGGCUCUUUGCAGUGACAGUGAUCUUAAAGAUUUAGGAAUUCCUCUUGGACCUAGGAAGAAGAUCCUGAAUUAUUUCAGAAAGAAAUGGCUUCCAGAGGACUGCAGGACAGGAGCAGUGUGUCAGGGACCAGGGUCACAAGUUUUACCUCAAGUGACAAGCGAUCAGGAUGGUAAUGAUUCUUCAGGAUUACCGCCUCAGCAGUCCCAGUUACACAGACCGCUGUCUGUCACCAGUGCUGUGGACUAUGAGUACUUUGAUGUGGGCAUUGGACAGACCAAUGGAGGCAUAGCCAAGGGACAGGUAUCCAUUGAUUACCCGCAGUUUGAAUUCCACCCUCAGACGUUCUUUGCAUUUGGUUCUCCAAUUGGUAUGUUUCUGACUGUACGCGGGCUUAAAUGCAUCGAUCCAAACUAUGCCUUCCCCACCUGCAAGAGCUUUUACAACAUCUACCACCCAUAUGAUCCUGUUGCCUAUCGGAUAGAGCCCAUGAUUGUUUCUGAGGUGGAUCUGGAGCCCAUGCUAAUCCCUCACCAUAAAGGCCGCAAGAGGAUGCACCUGGAACUAAAGGACAGCUUGACACGAAUGAGCAUGGAUUUGAAGAACAAUGUACUGGGAUCAUUACGGACUGCGUGGCAGUCCUUUGCCAGACUACCCGUUGCUGCACUGCCUCCAGGGGAGGAAGGAGAAACUACAACAGAGAGCAACCUUGAGGAGACACAGGGAGCAUGUGACGAAGCAGAGUCUGCGGAGUCUGCAGAAGAGAGAGACCACCACGAGAUUAAAAUGGGGAUGUUGAAUGGAGGACGACGCAUUGACUACGUGCUUCAGGAGAAACCCAUUGAGAGCUUCAACGAGUACCUGUUUGCCAUCCAGUCUCAUCUGUGUUACUGGGAAUCGGAGGAUACAGCUCUCCUGCUGCUUAAGGAGAUUUACGACAACCUAGGUGUAGCCAUUGAGCAGCCACAACAGUAGGAACGUUGUAUGAAUGAAGAAAUGUUUGCUUGAUGUUAAGAAAAUGAAGGACAGCUGACAGAGCCAGAGUCUGUACAAUCUUUUUCCAGAAUGCCUUACUGUCGGGAUGAUACACGACUGUUAGAAUCUCUCCACCCCCAUCAGCGGAGGCAGUUUGACUGCAGUCAGGUGAUCUAGGUUCACACAUGUCCGUUAAACCUAAUUUCGGAUAGCAGCAGCUUCAUGCCCCUGCAGGAAGCACUGCCGUGCUUCUGGUUGCACAAUUUUUAAUCAUUCUUUACUCUUCUUUUUCUUCAGUUUGCACUUUACCACUUACUGAAAUGUCGUGCUUGCACCUACCAGAAAACACGCACAGUACUUGUGUACAUGUUUGUUGUUGCAUGUCAAACUAGACCUCACUUCUUUGUACUUCACAACAAAAACAUAUUUACAAAUUCCAUCAUAUAGUCAAAAUACCAAAUUCUGUAAAAAGAUUUUAUAUAUUUCCCAACACUAUACACAGCCUGCAAUGUAGAAUUAUAAUAACAAUAAUGUGUUUUAAACAGGGAAGCACACUCAUAGCACAACAACCUUACCUUUUGAAACACCCAGACAAAGUUAUUUUGUUCAACUAUAGGAUGCUUGCUUUAUAAAUAGAAAAAUGAAAGUUUAUGUUACAAGUUUUCUGGCAGCUUUAUUUUAUCUUCCCGCAUUAAACACACUUGAAACCCAAAGCUGCUACCCUGUACAUUUGUGCAAUGUUACAGUAAUGUUGGUGUCACUCGUGUUACUUCACAAACAUAGUUUUGUACUGUUAAUGUAAGUGAUGUUCAUGUUUACCACCUUUAUCUGAAUGAAGUAACCAUGAUGAAGAAUUGUUGGGGUUAAGAUAUGGAAAUGCAGGGGCUUCAAAAGCCUGGUUGUCUUUUUGUAUGCACUGCAAGUGUGUGUUGGUAUAUUAUGUUUUAAGAUUGUGUAAACUUAUGGAAAGCCCACAUCCACCCACUCUCCCUCAGAUCUGAGCCAUUCCACCUUUACCACUUUCUUCUUUAUUCUUUUGCAUUUGGCCCGGUGAUAUAUUGUCUGUUCUAAAAUAUAGUUGUUUCUGAUCCAGGCUACAGUCUGCAGGCGGUUGUAACUUUGGCAUUAAUCAUGGGCCAAAUCAUACAUCUUUCUGUUCCUUUGCAUUGUAAAUCACCUUUUUUGUUUGUACUGCAUGCACUUCUUGUUAUACUAGCACAGAGUUUUGCAACAUAUUCUGGUCCAGUUUCAUUUCUUAGGCCCUAAAAUUUACAUAAAUAUUAUGCACACAGCAAUAGAAAUUUGUUGUAAAAAUCAUAUGAAUUUCAUUUCAAGGACAAGAUAUAUUAAAAGAUGUUUCAAAGUUAUUUAUUUUAUAUAGAAGUAUAUUUUUUGGAACUAUCAGUGUUAUAUAUAAGCUAAAUUUGCAUAUCAACCAACAUAAGGUCAAGACUAACAAAUUAGAAACUCUGUUAGAGUAAUCUCCCUUUGUUAGACUCCUUUGUUGUACACUAUCAGGGUACCACAGCCCUCUGCAUGAAACAUCUGCACAAAAAAAUAAAUUAACCUGCUCGGGUUUGUUUUUCUUCUGUUUAGAAAUGCACUGAAUGCACCAUUACCAUGACAACAUUCUCUUGAACCUAACAGUUGUCUGUAAAUUUUACUGUGUAAACCAUAGACUGGAUAAACAGUAAAAAUGGGACUCAAUAGUCCUUGACUCCUCUUCAAAACCAUAACUACUCUUGUGGACACUUGAUACUGACAUGUUGUAUACCAAAAAAUACGUUUUUUUUUUUUGUUUUUUUUUUUUCUAUCUGUA